AUGGCAAGCGCGACAUCACACAACAAGAAAUCAUCGGCGGUCAAGCGUAUCCUCUCUGAAGCACGCGAACUCGGCUGGGACGAUUCGGAUCUCUACACGGCCUCACCUCUGGAAGACAACAUCUUCGAAUGGCACUUUACCCUCCGUGGACCAGCCAACACGGAAUUCGCUUCGGGUCUUUACCAUGGUCGAAUCCUCUUACCGGCGGAAUACCCUAUGCGGCCACCGAACCUGAUGCUCCUCACCCCGAAUGGUCGAUGGGAACCCAACAAAAAGAUCUGCUUGACGUUUACAGGCUUUCAUGAGGAAAUGUGGCAGCCAGCAUGGGGGAUAAGAACGGCACUGCUGGGGCUGCAGACGUUUAUGACGGCAAAGGCGGAAGCGGCGGCGGGGGUAGGUGCCCUGGAUUAUCCUCUUCAGGCGAGGCAGAGGUUGGCGAGGCAAAGUAGAGAGUGGAAGUGUGAGGUUUGUGGGAAAUCGACGUUGGAGUUGUUGCCCGAUCCCGAUCCGGAGCAAGGCGAGAAGAGGGAGCAAGAGGCGCUGCCGGAUGGCUUGAACGUGGAUUUCCAUGCUGAGACUCGCAAGCAGCAGGCGGAGAAGGAUGCUGCUGCUGCUGCUCGCUCAUCCACCACACCAGAGGAGAGGCCCGAUGCUCCAGCAACCUCAAUGGAAGAGGCAGUUGCGCAACCGAUUCCAACACCACAACUAGCCAACGGAGAAGAGAGCAGCAUCUCAUCGGCCACUCCGACCUCAUCGGCCAAUCCGACCUGUUCUGGUCCCUCUGUUGCUGCUCCUAUCAUCACAUCCAUCACACCGCCGCAGCAACUCGAGGAGCGCCACAAUGUUCCCACGACCACAAACGCAACUCGAAUCUCAGCCACCGAACAGAAACUCAGUCUCAUCGAUAACUGCAUUAAAGCACUAGGCCUACUUGUCGCUCUGCUCCUCUUUAAACGUCUUGUCUAG